CCAUCCUCGCCAUCAGAGGCGCUGUGUAGAUAAACACAACCCCACAUCGGAUUUGUCUGACUUCUGUCUAAUUUCAAGCCGCCACUGGUUGUCCAUUGAAUUUUCUAAGUUUACUUUGUAAAACCUGACAAAAUGGCAGAAGACAGCGGUUAUGAAUCUGUCAUCUGUGUAAAGCCAGAAGUGCACGUAUACCGCAUUCCGCCCCGUGCCUCUAACCGCGGAUAUCGGGCGGCAGACUGGAAGCUAGACGAGCCGGCAUGGACUGGCAGGAUGAAAAUAAUCUCAAAGGGCAAGGUGGCGUUCAUCAAGUUGGAAGACAAAAACUCAGGAGAGCUCUUUGCCCAAGCCCAAAUGGACCAGUACCCAGGAUGUGUUGUGGAAGCCGUCACAGACUCCAGCAGAUAUUUUGUGAUGCAGAUACAGGAUGACAACGGACGCCACGCAUUCAUCGGUCUGGGGUUUGCUGACCGUGGAGACUCCUUUGAUUUCAAUGUGGCCUUACAGGACCAUUUCAAAUGGGUAAAACAGGAGAGUGAGCUCGCAAAACAAGAAGCAAACCAGAGUGUGGCCCCCCCGCUGGACCUUGGCUUCAAAGACGGGCAGACCAUUAAGAUCAGCAUCGGGAACGUCAAAACGAAGGCGGGCGGGGCCAAAUCACGAGCCAUGCCAGGGGGCCUCCUGCCCCCUCCACCGGGAGGGGCCAAGAUUGGGUCUCCGCAGAGCCCCCCGCUCACGCCCCCCAACACCGUGAUGCCCUCCCUGUUGGACCUCGGCCCCGGGGCCCCCGCGGCCCAGCCCACGCCGGACAUCUGGGGAGACUUCACAUCGGCGCCGGCAGGCUCCAGCCCCAGUAACGAUACACAACAAUCUGGAUGGGUGCAGUUUUAAAAAACUCCGGAAAACCAAAAAAAACAAACUCUCUCUCCCUCCCUCUCUCCCCCCCUCUCUCUCUCUCUCUCUCUCUCCGUACAUUCCAUGGACAAAAGGAUUGUGGCAAAAGACCAAGAGAAAUGUUUAAAAAACCAGCCAGUCUGGUUUGCAGCACUUGCUCUUAAUGGAGCAACUGAUUGUUGUGAGAACACCCCGACUCCUUUGACUACACCGUUUCCAGUAGAGAAAACCAUAACGUUUUUAUUGUAUCCUUUUUGAUGGGCUAUGCAAUGGGAAUCUCAAGACCUUUUUUGAAUCCAGUCACAUAACUAAUCUGGACGUUGUUGGCCCUCCCAACGGUGUAAAAACCAGUGCAUGAGUAUGCUCUCUGUUGGACAGGUGGGUGUAUUGGAUGUGGAGGUUUGAAGAGAAACAUAGUUGUCUUGUCACACUAAAAAACACAUUAAAAAGCCUUCUAUGUUUAAUCAAGUGUGUUGCUCUGCUCCAUCUGAACUACGCUAAAUAUUUAUCCAUUUUACGGACUGUUUUUCCUGUUUUAUCAGCUUCAUUUUCAGAUCAAGCACAACCUCUCAUAAGGACAGUUUUAGGCAUGUGGGGAAAAUGUUUUUUUUUUUUUAUCCUUCCUCGUUUAUGUUUGCAUAUUUUCUCUUCUGGUUCGUCGUAUUCGUAAUUCCUGAAUGUUUAUGAAGGAAUAUUUUGAAAUUAAGAUUGAGACAUUUGGAAAAAAAAUAGUUCUCAUGCCUUUCAUGCAUUUUUCUUUCUUUCAUGAAUGUGUUAAAAAAAAUCAAUGAUUUUAUUGUUUGGAAAACUAUGAACUUUUAUGCUAACAUCAAUGUCUUGCCUAACAUCUUCAGUAGGCCUACUUCAAAUCUACCAAGGUGCCUUUUUAAAUGAGAAUCUUUCUGAUUCGUGAUCAUAAUUUGAAAUCAAUAUUUUCAUGAGUGCCUUACUUUAAAAUGAAUACAACGAAAAACUUGUCUUGUAAAUAAACAUAUAUGGGGAGUUUU